UGUUUUCUUCUCACCCUGAGUUUCUGUCAGAUAAUGAACCGAUUCCAGAGACGGAGCAGCUCAGCUCACCUGAGCAAAGCUUAGAAAUCAUGUGUUUUUGGUUCAGGAUUUAAAUCAAAACACAAACGGGCUCAGUUCAGCUCAUUUCAGUGAAGUCACAGCAUCAAGUUCAACACACACACACGUCCGCGUCUGUUUUCUGAGAACUCGUCCGUGAUUACAGCAGAUUUCAGCUAAUAUCCCGAGCUGAGUCCCUCUGCUCCGACCUUCAGCAGUGAGUCACAGUCUGACCUUUGACCCCUGGACAACCACACUCCGGUCUGCAAGGUGUUUGCAUGCAAACGUUCAGUAUCGGCCUGUUCAAUAUUAACCACCCGGACGCAUCAUCAAUCACCGGUCAACACAUCCACACGGUUUUAUCUAAUGUGCUGAAUACAUGAAUAAAAUGUGAGCGAGCGACCGUCAGCAGAGCCGUCGCAGCAGGAGGAGGGGACGGUAUAAAUACAGGAGCAGGACAAACCUCACAGUCCGUGUGAGGAGGAGGAAGACGAGGAGCUCAAAGGGAGAGAACAUAACUAACAUUUCAAGAAGAGAGAAGAAGAAGCUGCUGGGAAAACUAAAGACCAAGACUCUGGAGCUGAAGUUAGACACCGAAGAAGAAGAAGAAAAGAAGAAACUGAAUACUUCUGUAGUAUUCCUGCAGGAUCUUGAAUUAUUUCUGUCGCAUUUAAUCGUUCUUUAAAAGAUUCUUGGUGAUGGAGAGUGUGCGAGCCGUGGUCUACCUGUCCGUCUGUCUGUCCGUGCUGGCAUCACUCUGUCAGGGUCAAAGGUCGGCUGACAACCAGCUGCCGUCCGCACCGGACGAGCCGGUCCUCGGACUCACAACCAGAGAGCUGGCUGAGGCUCUGCAGGGUUUCCUGGAUGAAGCCGACAGCCGGGUCGGUCUCUCUGUGGAGAAGAAAGCCAGUGUCAUCCCGCGGUGUGACGUUGGUGAACGAUGUGCGAUGAAACAUGGACCUCGAAUCGGUCGACUGUGCGACUGUCUGAGAGGAACGGUCUGCAACACCUUCUUCCUGCGCUGCUACUGAACGCACACGCACGCACACACACACAUACACACACCUGUCCCACCUGGCUGUCUCUCUGCAUGUUUCGGUCUUUGUUUUGAAGUUUCAG